AAGGAUUUCUCAGGGAACUUUUGCAUAUCAAUAUCAAUGUGAGAUGUGGGAUGUUUAAUAACAGGGCGUAGCUUACUUUGUAUUUAUCGAAAAUUUAUCUGCCUGGCUCUAGACUGGGCUCUGGGCCAUCCUUUUGUUGCCUGGCUGUAACGUUUUGCUAUAAAAAACAUCGACAUGAUGUUGGUGAGACCUGGCAUAAACAAAUGCAUCAGUGGAUUUGGUGGACGGGCUUUGACAAAAGAAACCAAAAAGUGUUUUUCUUUGAAUUCCUGCCAUUUCAAAGUAAGCGCAUGUCCAGUAUAUGGGGAAGACCACAAAGAAAUCCAGAAUACACUGAAGAAGAUUAUAGAUCAAGAUAUCAAUCCACAUGUUGACCAGUGGGAAGCUGAUGGAGCAUUUCCUGCCAAAGAAGUUUUUAAGAAGCUUGGCAAUGCUGGUCUACUGGGAAUAACUAAACCAACUGAGUAUGGCGGCUCUGCUCUGGACUUCUCCUACAGUGUGGCUGCCAACGAGCAGCUCGGAGCGGUGCACUGCGGAGCCGUACCGAUGGCCAUUGCUGUCCAGACGGACAUGUCGACUCCGGCGCUGGCCAGGGUGGGCAAUGACCGCCUGAAGAGGGAGUUUCUGGCCCCGUCCAUUGCCGGUGAUCGGGUGUCCUGCCUGGGUGUCAGCGAGCCGGGCGCCGGCUCCGACGUGGCUUCCAUCAAGACGCGAGCCGAGCGGAAGGGAGACGACCUGAUCAUCAACGGCCAGAAGAUGUGGAUCACAAACGGCUGCCAGGCUGACUGGAUCUGCCUGCUGGCAAACACCAGCGCCGGGCCGCCACACCGCAGCAAGUCGCUUAUGUGCGUGCCCAUGGACACCAAAGGCAUCACCAUCGCCAAGCGUAUCGACAAGAUGGGUAUGCGCAGCUCGGACACGGCGCAAAUCUUCUUCGAGGACGUGCGGGUUCCGGCCGACAACAUUAUCGGCGAGGAAGGCAUGGGCUUCACCUACCAAAUGCAGCAGUUCCAGGAGGAGCGUAUGGCCGGUAUCGCGCUGAGCUUGGCGCCGAUGGACCUCAUCAUCAACCAGACGAUCGAGUACGCCCGCCAGCGGCAGGCGUUCGGCCGCUCCAUCCUGGACAACCAGGUGGUCCACUUCACGCUGGCCGAGCUGCAAACGGAGGUGGAGCUGCUGCGGUCGCUGCUCUAUCGCGCCGUCGAGUCGUACGUGGCCGGUCAGGACGUCACUGAACUGGUCUCCAUGGGCAAACUGAAGUCGGGCCGUCUGGUGCGCGAGGUCUCCGACAAGUGCCUCCAGUUCUGGGGCGGAAUGGGAUUCACAAAUGAGGUGCUGGUGAGUCGGAUGUAUCGCGACCUGCGUCUGCUCUCGAUCGGAGCUGGCGCAGACGAAGUCAUGCUCGGCAUCAUCUGCAAGUUCAUGGGCACGCUGCCAGCGCCGGCCCGGUAGGUGGCCGUUGCCGGCGCUAUCAGUUCCCGCUCAGACCGCUAGAUCGCAGGCUAGUAGUCUCGCCCCUCGCUGUAUCGUGGGCUGAGAAGCAGCGGAUGUGAACGGAAAACGCAUCUCGCUUGAGGUGCAAUGGGUGCUUUUGGGGUAUUUGGUGUUUCUGCACUGGUACCUGACAAUUAUCAAUGCAAUAUGUGGCCGAUUUUGGUGCUGAUAUGCAGAAGAAGUAGCAUAUCGUUGAUGCACCUCGUGGAAAUGUUAUUAGUGUCAGCACGAAUAUGUCGGGACGGACUGAACUAACUGAUUGUGAAGAGCCACUAUUUGAUAUGCUUAUACAAUGUGCAUUGCAGAUCGUGAGUAACGUGAAACAUAAAUAUAUUUGUCGUUAUACA